CUGAUCCCACCACAAACAGGAAGUGACAGUUCAACAGUCUGCUCAUAGGAAAACAGCUAAUUCACUUGUGCUAUUGUUUUAUUGAAGAAGAGAAGGCGCUGGACGUGAGAGAGGAUGUUCGUCGGGGACGAUGAAGAGGGAGACUUCUUGUCUCCGUCAGGAGGGGCUAAGUUGGCCUCCCUGUUUGGUCUAGAUCAGGAGGCCAGUCAGGGGAACGAGUCAUUUCAAUAUACAGCUCCCAAACAGCCCAGGAAGAGCUCCACUCCAGUGCCAGCCUCCCAGAAACAAGCUUCGCCGUCUGGAGCCCCAGCAGUGUUAUUCGCCACUGCUGUCCAAGCCUUCAGAUAUAUUAACGGACAGUAUGUGAAGCAGGGCAAGCUGGGAGCAGCCGCACUGGGCAACCACACAACAAAAGAGUACAAACUGCUUCUGUACUUGAGCCAACAGAAACAAGUGACCACUGCCAAGAUUCACAUGGGCUUUGUUUUCACGGUACAACCAAACCAUUAUUGCACUUUUUAUGAUGACCAGAGGCAGAACUGGUCCCUGAUGUUUGAAUCAGAGAAAGCUUCAUCAGACUUCUGCAAGGAGGUAUGCUUAGCAAAGGUGAACAGUGCAGCCUCUUUAGAUGCUGUGGUGGUUCAGGAUCUGAGUCUUGGGGAGGGCCAGGGGGUGGAGAAUGGAGACUCCCUGGAGGUGGUGUACACAGGCUGGCUCCUGCAGAACCAUACCAUCGGACAGAUGUUUGACACCAACCAGAACAAAGACAAGCUGCUCCGACUGAAAAUUGGAGCUGGAAAAGUGAUCAAAGGCUGGGAGGAAGGGAUGCUGGGGAUGAAGAAGGCAGGCCGCCGCCUCACUGUCAUCCCACCGAACCUUGCUUACGGAUCCAAAGGAGUCCCUAACUGCGUCCCGGCUAACAGCACUCUUAUUUUUGAAGCAGAACUUCGGCGGGUGAAGUUUUCCAAGGACAGUGGCUCUGAUCGGGCCAGUGCCAGCUCCAGAGACUCUGCUGCUCCUUCCCCAGCUCCCAGUGUGGAGAAUCUGACCCCAGAGUCUGCAGUACAGAUGACUGUCUCAGGCCCAGGCAGACCAGGGGAGCCACAACUUCGUGCAAAGUCAAACUCUCUCAGUGAACAGCUGGCAAAUCCAGAUGCUUCUAAAGCCAAGCUGAUUUCUCGCAUGGCAAAGAUGGGUCAGCCCAUGUUGCCCUUUCUGACAGGAGUGGCCAGCCAGCCUGAAUCCAGUGACUCUGAGCUUGAGGACACCAGUGGCAGCAGAGUGAAGGAUCGGCCUUUAGCUUCAUCUCCAGUGCAGAUCUCCACUGCUCCAGAUUCAGCACAUGUACAUCCUCAUCCUCACACUGCUCCACCUUCUACCUUACUUCCUGUUAUGACCACUGUUGCCCCGCAUCCUGGCAGCAGCCAUGCCUUUCAGCCUUACUACAAUCCGACCUCUAUGGCUCCGUCUCAGCUGCAGCCUUUUGGUCAGGUCUACCCUGCACAGAGUGUCCCAUAUACAGGCUCCAGUGAUGUGACUUCCUUCUUGAUGACUGAAGCACGCCAGCACAACACAGAAAUCCGGUUAUCUGUUGGAAAAGUGGCAGAUAAAGUAGAUCAACUGGCCUCAAAGAUAGAUGACCUUCAAAGGCAGGGAAGUGUUCCAAUGGGUGUUUCUAGUAUGUCGAUGGAAACCUCCAUGAUCGUACACAACAUCCAAAGAAUUGUGCAGGAAAAUGAAUGUUUAAAAAAGGAAGUCUUUGACAAAAGCUCUCGCAUUGAAGAGCAAAAUCGAAAGAUUGGGGAGCUCAUUAACCAGAACCAGAGGUACAUGGAGCAGAGUAACCUGCAGCUGGAACAGAGAAACGACUCCCUUAAGUCGUCCAGUGAACACAACCAGGCCAGAAUUCUACAGGCUGAGCAAGACAAGCCUGCACUGCCUCAGGACCUGGGCUCUGGCCAGGUUCGUCUGACGGAGGAUCUGGCUUCGUCCACAGCCCGGCUGUCUGAGCUGCAGCUGGAAGCUUCAUCCCACCAGCAGAAGGCUGUGGAGCUGCAGAGUAAACUGAGCUCAGUGCUGCUGGACACUGAGAGCCAGGGCAAGCACAUCACUUCCCUGGAAACACAACUGGAAGAGCUGAAGGAGACAGCAGAGAGGACACAGGCCCAGUACCGCUCAGAGAGGCAAAGACGCAAAGAGACAGAGCUGAGGGUCAACAACACGGAGGAGGAGCUGCAGGACCUAAGGACUGAUAAAGAAGGUCUAGAACGAACACUUUUGGAAAGGAAGAAGAAGUGGCAGGCCGAGCGUCAGCGUCGGGACGAGGAGGUGGAGGAGCUCCGCAAGAGCAGCCAGCAGGAGCUGGACAACCUCCGAGCUCAACUUCGCAAGGCCAGGACCAGCACUGACAACGCUGCAUCUGAGCAGUUGUCUCAGCUGCAGGCAGAGCUUGAGGAGGACUGGAAGGGGAAGUAUGAACACAUGUUGGCGUCUGUUAAAGAGCAGCACAGGAGAGAUCUGGCUGAACUUACAGAGCAGAGAGAUGCUCUGCAGGACAAGUUAACCCAGCUACAGGAAAAGUUUACUCAUCUGAAGCAGUCAAGGGAUUCGGAAGAGCAGAUUUUGCUCCAGCACAACGGGCAGACUGAGGAGCUGCAGGCCCUUCAGGAAAAAUACACAGCCUUGGAGCAGCAAGCAGGAGCUGUAAGGGAGAAGCUUGAAAAUAAAAUGGCUGAGCUGGAGAAGAAACUGGCAGAGCAGGAGAGUUCGGGAGACACUGCAACAGAGGUGAAGCGUGUGAUGAACGGAGUGUUUCAUUCUCUGCGAGCGGAGUUUGACCUCAGUGAAUCUUACUCAGGCCAGGCUGUGCUCGGGGUGAUUGUCAGCACCAUCAAGAAUGUAACUCUACAGCUGCUCAGUGGCACACAAGGAUCUUCCGUCCUUCCUAAGAAGGAAGAGGAUGAAGAGGAUGCAGAGGAACAGGAGGAAGAAGCAAGUGAUGAUGUGAAACAAAGAGAGGAGAAACCUCGUCAGAAUGUGCAUGUGAAUGGAGAGAGACAAGUCAAAGAGGAAGAAGAGGAAGAAAAGGAAGAAGAACAUGAGGCUGAGUUGGAUUCUCACAAUGUCAGUGAGACUCAAAUGAAUCAGGACAUAGGGCAAGAGGAGACAGAGACAUCAACUGAGUCAAAGACACAAAGCCAAUCUGAGACAUUACAGGCCACUGAUCUCCAUCCAGUUUCAAUCAGUGAAGGGUCACUUCAGGAGCCAGCAGCAGAAGAAGCAGCAGCAGAAACAGCAGCAGCAGCAGCAGCAGAAACAGAAACAGCAGCAGCAGCAGCAGCAGAGAGUGAAGGACAGCAGGAGCAGGAGAACCCCCUGUUCCUGAGCCCAACAGGGUCCAGAGACUCCAACAAGUCUGCACAUCCAGAUGAUGGCUCUGAUCAGAGUUCAGCUCCUGAUGCUGGACAGGAAAGUGCUGCAGAGAGCAGUGAGGUGGACAAGGAGAACAUAGAGAACAAUAGAGAGGAUGUAGAAGAAAAGAAUGCUGCGCCUGAGGAAUCUUUUGGACCCCCAGCCAACCCACCUCCACCACCAGACACACUUCAGAACAGCUCAUGCCUGACUGAGGGAAUUAGUGAGGAAAAUGGAACGGCGCCAUUUUUCCAGAUCACGGCUCCUGCCAAACCCCCCGCAGCAGCCAGCGAGGAGGAAGAGGAGGAUGAGAUGAGUUUGAAGGGCCGUCCACCACCCGCCCCUCUGUUUGGUGAAGAGGAGGAUGACGACGAUGAUCUGGACUGGCUGAACUGAGAUGGAACCAGAAUAAUUUAAUUUUGCAUCUUAAUUUGACUCUCCAAACCAGACGCAGGGUGUUUGACCUGCUGGUUGUGCCUGGUGGAGUAGUGAGGAUGAACGUCUGCACGUCUGAGUCCUGGCAAACACAACCACGAUCUGACGCUGCAGUUAUGGUUGGAAUAAGAAGUCUGUAAAACAUGAUUAAUAAUGUCACAUCUGUUAGUGAUGCAAUUUAAUACCGAACCUUUACAUGGCAAUGUAGCAAAUGAGUUUGUUGAAUCAGCAGUAAUCCUCUUAUCAGACUGUACCAUGGUUUUUAAUCAUUAGCUUGCUGCUUUAAGAGUUGAACUUUUACACGGUUUUGCUGACCUGAAAUUGAUUCCAGGAAAUAAAUAGCAUUUAUCUUUUCUUCUUCUGUUUUGUUGUGCGUGUUCUAUCAGUUCUCUCUGUGAUAAUUAAUCAUUUGUGUUUAGUGUUCAGCCUUAAAUACUGAACAUGGAGUACGAUGUCAGUGAAACAAAGUGCCAUUCAUUGGUCAACUAAUUCAACAGUUUAUAGAAUAUGGUGUACUUUUUUGUGUUUGGGAUUUCUGCCAAAGACCAGCAGGGGGUGCUCGAGACCCUAGGAAAAGUUACUCUGUUGCUGAGCAACAGUAGCACCAACCAUGAACAGUACCACACUGCUUAGAGGUGAGAGCCUGAAAGAAAAUGUUUGAUUCAGUCGAGACAAAGGUGAGCUCCAAGUAUUAGAACACUGACACCUACACAGCACAAACAUAUUUUUCUGUUCUGUUUUAGAUCCACAGGUUUUCACUUUAUCCAGCAUGUAAAUUCCAUUCAAUCAUUAAUUCAAAGUCACCGCUGACUGUGUUUACAGUCUAUGGACUGAAGCCUCAGAGCGGGAAGGAAGAACUAAGUGCUAAAUCUGUCCAACACAACAAAGUGUAGAGAUCAGGUAAAGAAGUGAUUUAACCAUCAGCUACUCAAGAAGUCACAACUAAGAAGACAGUGUUGAAAAUAAAAACCAAACCUACAGGAUUGUAACGUUGACAUAUGUAAUAAAAAGAAUUUAGAUGUAGCCAUUAAAGUAAUAAUUAAAUGUAAAUAUUAAACUAAGAGCUGGAAUAUGUUCAAUCAUAUGUAUAUAGUGUUUCCUGCUUGGUGGUUUUGAACAUUUUGAUACAUUUGUUCAGUCAAGAAAAUUUAGUGACCUGACUAAUGCAGUACUUUGUGAAGAUGAUAUUUACAACUGGAAAUUCAAUAUGCCUGUUCUUCAACAUGACUUCUGACGAGGUGGAAAAGAAGAUGUGACAUGUUCUGUGUUUAUGGAUUUGCAGCCAACCAUGUGAGGAUAAGUGUGUCACAAGAAUAAAAUGGGUGCUCUGUUGUUUCUAUGUUAA